CACUGGUGUAUAGUAACACCAACCUUCUCUUGUAACUUACCCUUUAGCAAUGGCGGAAAUAGUACAUGAUUUUUUCCCAUUGAUGAGAGUUUACAAAGAUGGUCGAAUCGAAAGGCUGAUGGGAGAGGGUUUUGUCCCACCUGAAUCGGAUCCUGAAACUGGAGUACAAAUCAAAGACAUUGAAAUUGAUCCACAAAUUAACCUAUCAGCAAGACUCUACCUGCCCAAAAAUGUCGACACCGUUCAGAAAAUUCCCCUUUUCGUCUACUUUCACGGCGGUGGCUUUGUGAUAGAAUCUGCUUCUUCACCUUCAUAUCACAAGCAUCUUAGCACGGUAGCAGCUGAAGCAAAAGUCGUCAUCGUUUCUGUUAACUACAGGUUAGCUCCUGAGUACCCGUUACCCAUAGCUUAUGAAGAUACAUGGCUAGCUCUCAAAUGGGUCGCUUCACAUGCUAAUGGUGAUGGCCAUGAGCCAUGGCUAAAAGACCAUGCCGAUUUCAAUCGGGUUUAUUUUGGGGGAGAUAGCGCCGGUGGUAACAUCGCACACCAUAUAGCAAUUCGGGUCGGGUUGGAAAAGUUGGAUGGUGUGAAACUUGAAGGGAUUUUCCUUGCCUGUCCAUUUUUCUGGGGGAAGGAUCCGAUUGACGGUGAGGGGGAAAACCUGGGUGCCAAGGGUUUCGUUGAGAAGCUAUGGCUGUUUGCGAAUCCGAAUAGCUCGGGAUUAGAUGACCCGUUGAUUAACCCGGAGAAGGAUCCGAAAUUGUCUAGCUUAGGAUGUGAUAAAGUACUUGUGUAUGUGGCCGGAAAAGAUCCGUUGAGAUUCAGGGGAUUUUACUAUAAGGAGGCGUUGGAGAAGAGUGGGUGGCCGGGGACGGUGGAGGUUGUGGAGGUUAAAGAUGAGGAACAUGUUUUUCACCUGUUUGCUCCAGAAGCUGAAAAUGGGAUGGCAAUGUCGAAAAAAUUGGUCUCUUUCCUUAAUCAGUCCUAG